AUGGAACAGACAAACCUCCCCCGGCCCAUCGCUCGCCCCAGGCCCGUCAGUCUCUCCAUACAGGUCCUUCGGGUCAAGCCCGUCGCCGAGUUGAGCCUCCCCAAGAGCACCACCACCUCCACCGCCGGCAUGUCUUACAACAAUCGCCCUCUCUCGCCGGGCGGCAGGCGUAUCAACAACCCAGGACGACUCUCUGACCAGACCCUCUCCAACCCCUACUACGACCAGAGGCACAACUCAUAUGCCUCGCCGCGCACGAGCACCGCUGGUGUCAUUCCGAUUUCGACGCAGACUUUUAUCAACAACCCGCCGCCUGCCAAUACUCGUCCAGAGCAGCGAUUCGACUCAUACACUGGCAGGCCAAGAAGAUCCUCCCUCGUCGACACCAACCGAGGCACUACAGGCUCAACAAACAACCUGCCAGCCCGCAACAGGCCGGCCGUCAUUCAGCAAGACUUUGCUCGACCCGCGAGCCCGCAAAAGGUCACACGUGAUAAGGAUUACUACGUCACUCCAGCCUCGUCGCAAGAGCCGCGCAACAGCACCACGCACAAGAAGCUGUACAGUGUGGACGAUGGAAGUGCCAAGCUUGUGGCUGAUGUGAAUAUUCCGGUGCAGGCGGGCGGUGAACGACAUCACAAGCGAAGAGACAGCAUAGAACGAGGCGGAUACAGAACCACUGGCGUCGAGCGUGACCGUGGAAGACGACAGUACCAUGUGAAUGGCACCCACAACCGGCCGAGAGAUAAGAGCAUCGACGACGAAGGCGCUUAUGAGUACACCGAUCCUGCCAGCAUGUACCGGGACACCGAGCCCAGAUGGCGAGACACUCGGGAGGCUAACACGACUACUCGUCCACGACGAGGCAGCAUGGACCGCGGAGGAGCAACCAGCCGCGAGCGGCCUGUCAGUGUGCUGGAUCCGACAUUCGGCACAAGACCUGGGGCCAAGGAAAUCGGACCGCCGCCAAGCACUCGUGGGUGGGAUAAGAUCAACGAGAAUCUUGGUCGCACGAGGAGUGUCAGGGACGAGGCCAGGGUUGCGCAAUCGCCAACACGAGGACGUACUUACCAAGAGUCUGGCGCAUAUGGCGACCCACGCGAUCAGUAUUACGUCCCGCCAAGGACCAACUCCACCGACCGCAGGACCACCGUCCACAACUACGACACUUACGAGUAUGAGGACCGACGAGAGCCAAGACGACCUGAACGGCGACACAGCAUCAGCCGUGAUGGACGAGGUGACCGAAGCAUUGAGCGACGGGGAUUCGGCAUUCGAUCUGACUUCAGGAACGAAAGCCAGUCGAGACAUGUUGCACGAGAUGGCCGAGCCAGCGAUGAGAGUAUUGAACAUCAAAAGUACAGAGACUCUGGCUACCUGGAGCCGCAACAACCGCAUCGUCGCGACACCGCCCCUGAAUACACGGCUCACGACGUCGCACGCUUAGAGCAGGAGAGGCGGGACCGCGAGCUGGCUCAGCGUGUCCAGAAUGACGAACAUGGAAGGACGCGGGAAAGGGGCUACUCUGAUGCGCGUGACUAUUCCAAAGAGCCGAGACGGCGCGAUGACGGUCCUGCUUACGGUGGCGACUAUGAUCGAGCAGCACGUGACCGUGAAUACGAUCGCGAUAGAGAGCGUGAGAGGGAGAGGAUCCGGCAGCUGGAGCCUCCUAGCGAGCGUGAAAGAGACCGACAUCACUAUCGACGAGAUACCGACCGCGACCGCGAAUACAGCCGUAAGGAGAACAGCCCACGCCAGAGCGGCGAGACGCUCUCUAAGCCAGGGCUCGCUCAAGCUGCUACUGGUGGUCUGGCUGGCGCUGCAGCUGCUUUUGGCUUGUCCGGACUCCUCAACAAAGUCAGCGACAAGCGCGACAAGGAGAAGGAGAAAGACGACUACCAGGACCGCGAGCGACCAGAGCGUAGCGAACGUGAUCGACCGGAGCGUAACAGCGAGCGUGAUCGACCAGACCGUAACAACGAACGUGAUCGGCCAGAACGCAACAACGAACGGGAUCGCCGCAAUGGCGACCAAGAUCGAGACCGGGAACAUGCGCGUGAACGACGACCAGGUCAGUCGACGAGCGACGAAGGCCGUGAGAGGCGGCCUGGUCAAGCCGCCAGUGACGAGGGGCGCGAGCGCAACGCUGAGCGUGAUCGUUACAAAGACGACCGUGGUCUUGGAUUCGCAUUCGAAGCUCCACCUGAACCGCCAAGGAGUGCACCACCAUUGCAAGCCGAGUGGAACCAGCAAUAUCAGGAACGCAAGCCUGAGUGGAAUGCGCCUGCACCGACAAACGUUGAGCGAAACCAAGACAAGCAGACGCAAGACCGCAAUCAGGAGCGUGUUGGCCAGCGAGAUUUCGGUGAUCGGGACAGAGAGCCAGAGCACAAGACCGCCGAGAUGCCGGGCGCUUUCGUUGACCCUGAGGAGGAUUAUCGCCGCCGGUUGGAGCAAGUGCAGAAAGAACUUGGACGAACCACACACGAACAGCGGGAGUCAGAAUCAGAUCCUGACCGUGAGCGUCGCCGACGAGAGCGGGAGCAGCGCCAACGAGAACGCGAAGGCCGUAAUGGUGCUGCAGUCGCCGCAGGUGUUGGUCUGGACGCAGGCAUCAAUGAAAUGCCGCCUCACCCGUCUCUACGACACAGUCUUGAUGAUCAGUCAUCAACCACAGCUCCUUCGACUGUGGAUUCCUCAAUGGGAGGAGCUCUCAAGCGCAAACCAAGCAUCCUUGAUCAGCCCAUGAGCGCGGAGCCGGUACAGAUCAUCGACAACAGCCAGAGUGACAGGCGUGAAAACCGUGUCCGCAUUGUGGAUCCGCCUACAGAGGAAGACGACAGACGACCGCGCGGCAUUCUGAAGAAGCCGACUGACAAGUUCCCUGAAGAUCCAAAUGCUGUAAGAGAAGGUGUUGCACCACUGAAAGACGCCACCAAGAAGGGCAUCCCACCGGGCGCAAGAUGGACCAAGAUUGAUCGUCGUCUUGUGAACCCUGAAGCCCUCGAAGCCGCUCACGAACGAUUCGAAGAACGUCUUGACUGCGUCAUUGUGCUACGAGUCUUGACCAAGGAGGAGAUUCAGAAACUCGCUGAUCGCACGCGAGAGAUCAGAGAUCAACGCUAUGAAGAAGAACGAUCGGAACGGAAAACCGCACGUCGACCGCAGCGCAACCGAGACCGACGAGAUCGCGACGAGUAUGAGUAUAGCGAUAGUGAAGACGAGUUCAAGGAGAAGGCACCCAAGAUGCUGGAGGCACCGUCGACGGCGGGCGCAUCGAGUAAUGCCGAUUUCAUUCGCGAGAACCGUGACAGGAGGCACGAGCGGGAGCGCGAGGCCGAGCCGAGUUAUAUGAGCGGGGGAUUGGGGAGGAGAGAUGAGUCGCAGGCGAGGUAUUAG